UGGAGGCUUGAGCGCGCAGGAACGCGGGACGUGCUGAGAGGAGACGCGACCGCUGUAGCCUCUGAGUCCCGCCGCUGCUCGCACCUUCAUCCCGCAGUUUCCGGAGUGGAACCGGACACUAGAAUGAAAAUGAUUUGUAAAGCUGAAAACUUCCUCCGGCUUGCUGGAAUCUUGAUCAUCGCAGUGACAUGUGAAGCCAUUGGACCUCCAUGGGUGAGUGGCGUUGUGGAGGAGAUGCAGAUCGCACAGUUGGGUCGUAAUAUCCGCCUGCCGUGCCCCGUCGAAGGGAACCCUCCUCCGCUACUUGUCUGGACGAAAGACGGACGACAUGUCAAUGCUGGCUGGAGCCGUUACCGUGUUCUGACCCACGGUCUUAAGAUCAAGAACGUAGAAGCCAAAGACGCCGGAGUUUACGUGUGCCAGGCAGCCAAUGGCUUCGGGAGCGUGUCCCUCAACUUUACUCUCACUGUCAUCAACAAUGUUGAGCCUCCAACCAAGCCUCCUCCAAUGGCAGCGGAACCCUGCCUCCAAACAGCAUCAAUGGAUCAAGCCGGGCAGCCAUAUGUAAAGCCACGCUUCAGCCAGCCCAUGAAGAUGCGCAGACGUUUUCGGGAACAGCCUGUAGGCAGCUCAGUGCGAUUAAACUGCGUGGCCACAGGAAACCCUCCACCUUGCAUUACUUGGUGGAAGGACCAGGAGCAGAUUCCCACCCCCACCAGAGCCAAACGGCCUCAGUGGACCCUAACUCUGAAGAACCUGCAGCCACAAGACAGUUCUCGCUACACCUGCCGUGUAUUCAACACCGCAGGGCAAAUCAACGCCACCUACACGGUGGAGGUGAUUGAGCGUACAAACGCAAAACCUUUGCUGACUGGAAACCACCCUCUGAACACGACGGUGGAACUUGGGGGCACGGCCUUAUUCCAGUGCAAAGUCCACAGCGACGUGAAGCCUGUGAUCCAGUGGCUGAAGCAGCUCGAGCCGGGUACAGAGCGGCGCUACAACACCACCCUUGAGAUCGGCGGUCAGCACUACAUGGUGUUGCGCACCAAAGAGGCGUGGCCUCGACCUGACGGCUCGUAUCUCAACAAACUGGCCAUCGUCAAAGCCCGGGACGAGGAUGCUGGGACGUACAUUUGCCUCGGAGCAAAUUCUAUGGGAUACAACUUUCGCAGUGCCUACCUCACUGUCCUUUCAGAUACCCCCGUGGAGAAACCUGUCCCCAGCUCACCUGAACUCUGGCCUUCCUUGGCCUUUGAUCAUCGGCAUCCCAGCUGCCGCUCUGCUCAUGGUUGGCACGAUAGUGUUGUGGUUGUGCCAUAGUCGCCUCCGUCACGGCCCCCUACCCCAUCGCUCUGCACCCUACCGAGAGCGCCAUGGUCCUGAUAAGGAUCCCAGCAUUCCCAGCAGGGGCAGCCCUGACUUCCCCAACCACAGACUUAUGGGAACGGGAUCCCCGGGCUUCGGUGGCCCAGCAAAAACUUACGCCAAGGUUUACACGGACGUUCACACCCACACCCAUACGCACACACACUCGCAUGCUCACGUGGAGGGGAAAGUACACCAGCAUUUUCACUACCAGCGCUAACAGGUUUAGCUGUGCCUCAAAUGAUAAGCUAACUGAGCUAAUGCUGCUAGCCUGCUUUACAUGAACAGUGGGUCUUCUGUUUAGGUCAGGACGCUGGAUCGAGACUGCAUUACGCUUGAGCACUGACGGUAAGGUUCAAGGGGAAAAAAAAGCCAAUCGUGGAACCUAUUCAUGCUGUAGAUCUUCCAGUAGACCACAUUCACCUUGAAAAUUCUCAGUGCAGGAAGAAUCAUGUUUUGUGUGUGUUUUUUAAUUGAAUUGUUUCGUAUUAAACUAUAAGUCAUUGCACACCUAAAACUUAUCAAGGUCCUGGAGACCAAAUGCAAAGCCACCGAACACACUGACUGUAGUCCAUCUCUGGAAACUCUUUACCAGAAGGAAAGGGACCACAAGCUACUGACCAGGUAUUAUUUGGGUGGUGUUUCAUUCUCAGCAGUGCCCCUGUCUGGGUGGCUAUUGUGUUAAGUAUAGCAAUGCUUCAAGGAUUUUAGCCUCAGCAUCACAAGGUCUUCCAGUGAGUACCAGUACAACAAGGAGGUAAAAUCCUGAAAAAACUUUAAUGUAUCCUUUAAUGAACCUUUAACCAAUGUAUCCCCUGGGUAGGUAUAUGGUAACUCAAAUUUUUAAGUAAAAAUCUUUUUCUCUUUAAAGGGGAGGAGAGGUAGUAGCUUAGUGGUUAAGGCAUUGGAUUUUGGAUCUAAAGGUCAUAAGUUUAAAUCCAAGCCACAC